AUGCAAUACGCCCCGCAUUGCCUGAAGAGGCCUCGACGCCUGACGGCACAGGAGGCCAUCGCACGGCGCCGGGAGAGGCGCGAGCGCAACGCCGACCUCAGAUCCGGAGACCGGCCCCUGCCACCUCCUGUAGUGGGCUACGAUGCCUGCAUAGAGCGGCUGUGCAUGAAGACGGAAGUAGAAGGCAUGGACGUCCAGUUCCCAGUUCAACCCCUCGAUGCGCAACGUCUCGUCAUGGCGGCGGCUCUGCGUGCCAUGAGGGAGCGGAGCGUGGCCUUCGUGGAAAGCCCCACAGGCACCGGCAAGACCCUGGCUUUGCUGUCAGCAAGCCUGGCCUACCAGCACUUCCAGCAGAAGUCUGCCGAGGUCUCGUUGGGGAGCUGCACGGGCACAGGCGAAGUAGCGAUGGUAGAUGAUGGCAUGCGUUCGUGA